GCCAAAGCACUCAUAUUGUAAUUCCAUUGCUAAAUAUAACCUGAAGAUACAAUGUGUUGGGGUAUCCUUCUUAACAUUACUUGUACUUCCUGUGAAACCUCUCAGUGUAGGGAAAAAGUGAGACGUGAAGACUCUCCAGAGCCUGAGGGCAAUGAAUUCAUUUCAGCUCUGGCAGCGGGGAUGAGUGCCCAACUCAUCGUGGAGAUCUCAUCAGGUGAGUCCCCUUCAACAAUAGCUUUGGCAGCAGCAGCUCGACAAACUGGAGGCCGGCUUGUUUGUAUCCUUCCAGAGCCCGAAACACUGGCCGAGUCAAAACAAGCAAUAAAGGAUUCUGGUCUGAAGGACAUGGUAGAAUUCAAAGUUGGGGACCCUGCAGAGCUGUUGCCCAAUUACGAAAACAUUGAUUUCUCUCUUAUUGACUGCAAAACUGUCAAUUACAAGAGAUCACUCAAGUUACUGGAUGUUAAUCCUAGCAAGUCAGUGGUGGUGGCAAAUAAUUUGGUUGAAGGGAGAAAAGGAUUGGGAGGACAUUGUAGAGGGAUGAAAGGUAAGGCUUCAGUGAGGUCAGUGAAGCAUCCUAUAGGGAAGGGCAUGGAGGUGACAAUGAUUGGGAAGAGCAAUGAGUUUGGGAAGGGAGGUGGUAAGAGUAUAUGCACACCUCAAGCAGAGAAGAAAGGUGGUGGAGGGGGGAGGACUGGAAAGAGCAAAUGGGUGGUCAGAAUUGAUGAGGACAGUGGUGAAGAGCAUAUCUUUAGACUGCCUAAAUCACUAUAGUCCAUGACUAAUGUGUAUAUGAAACGGGUGCAUGAAAUCAAGUUCUCUAGCCCAGUGCUGGUGGCCAAACUUUCAGUAAGCUUAUGGAAUGUGAAUCCACAGUUACUGAAUUUCAUGAAAACUUGGCUCGAAUAAUAUGCUAGAUAACAUACCUGCCAACAGCAAUAUAAAGUGUGGAUUAACUAUUUCUUAUUUGUAGUUCAUCAGAUUUUGGAAAUGGGUUCAAGAAUGUGUUUUCUUUGUUUUUUUUUU